GUGCGUAGGGCCGGGCUCUAGGCGGCGAGGAGUAGUCGCCUCUACUCCAGUUCCCGGUGAGCCUCAGUUACGGUGGCAGCUGUUGGUGUUUCUGCGUGAUGUUGGCGUGAGGCAGAGCUGAGCCAGCGAGAGGUAGUUCUGUGGGAGUGGAAGGCCCAUAUUUCUUUACCUGGACCGCACGCUCGUCGCGCUACGAGGACAGAGCUCAAGUUCCAUGAUGAUGGCCUAGAUGGAGAUCCUUCAUCCUCUAAAAGAGAAAUUAAAAAAAAAAACGAACAAAACUUUUUCUGCUUAAGUAGCAUAUGGUUUGUCUGCCAUCGUCAUGAGACAAUUCCGAAUAGACAGAUUCAUUUAGAUUUGCUUUGAGGUCAUGUUGACAUGAAAUAUGGAGUCAUCUUUGAUAACUUCACCUGGGAAAGAGAGUCUUCUUUCUUAUUAAAAAGCAUGAGGAAAAUAAAUGACCAAAGAAACGCCAAUGCCAGCACUACAUCUUUUUGUAUUAUCUCUUUUUUAACCCAUCAAAACUAAUGGCUUGUGCUAAAGGAAGAUGAUUUGUUCAUCAAAAAUUUUAGCAGUAAUAAAAAAUCUUUCAUCUUAAACUGUACAACUCUCUUACAAAAUUUAACACAUAAAAAUCUUGAAGGCCUUAUUUAAAUUAGCUUUUUUAGUUUUCAGAACUUCAUCAUUUACAUAUUUACAUAUCCUAUUUUUACUUUGCAAAGUCUUCAUAAAAAUUUACAGCAGCAGGAAAGAUAUGGACUUGGAAGCUUACAUUAUAAUAGACUGCAGUGAAUUUAAGUGGACAAUUCAGGACAUCAUCCACUUUAUCAUCAGAAAUAACACAUAAGUAUACAGUUCUUAGCGUUAUUGUGAACAAAUUUGCUUGAAAAUGGCAUGGGUAAAAUUCUUACGGAAACCUGGUGGCAAUCUUGGAAAAGUUUAUCAACCUGGAAGUAUGCUAUCCCUGGCCCCUACCAAAGGCUUGUUAAAUGAACCAGGACAAAACAGCUGCUUUCUUAAUAGUGCUGUACAGGUUUUAUGGCAGUUGGACAUAUUCCGACGAAGCUUGCGGGUUCUGACUGGACAUGUUUGUCAGGGAGAUGCCUGCAUAUUUUGUGCAUUGAAGGCAAUAUUUGCACAGUUUCAACACAGUCGAGAAAAAGCGCUUCCUUCGGAUAACAUAAGGCAUGCUCUUGCAGAAAGCUUCAAAGAUGAGCAGCGAUUUCAGCUUGGCCUUAUGGAUGAUGCUGCAGAGUGCUUUGAAACUAUAUUGGAGAGGAUUCAUUUUCACAUAGUGCCAAGCAAAGAUGCGGACAUGUGUACCUCUAAGUCGUGUAUCACUCACCAGAAGUUUGCUAUGACUCUGUAUGAACAGUGUGUGUGUCGUAGCUGUGGAGCAUCAUCAGAUCCUUUACCUUUUACAGAAUUUGUACGGUACAUUUCUACAACAGCCCUAUGCAAUGAAGUUGAAAGACUGAUGGAAAGGCAUGAACGCUUUAGGCCUGAAAUGUUUGCAGAACUACUGCAAACAGCAAAUACAACUGAUGACUACAGGAAAUGCCCUAGUAACUGUGGCCAAAAAAUAAAAAUUCGCCGUGUUUUAAUGAAUUGCCCAGAGAUUGUCACAAUUGGUUUAGUCUGGGAUUCUGAACAUUCUGACUUGACUGAAGAUGUUGUUCGGAAUCUAGCAACACAUCUUUAUCUUCCUGGGCUUUUUUACAGGGUUACGGAUGAAAAUGCCAAAAAUAGUGAACUUCACCUUGUUGGUAUGAUCUGCUACACCAGCCGACAUUAUUGUGCCUUUGCUUUUCAUACCAAGAGUUCCAAAUGGGUAUUUUUUGAUGAUGCAAAUGUGAAAGAAGUUGGAGCUAGAUGGAAAGAGGUGGUCUCCAAGUGCAUCCGAUGCCACUUCCAGCCACUGCUUUUGUUUUAUGCAAACCCAGAUGGCACAGCAGUUUCUACUGAAGAUGCACUCAGACAGGUCAUCCACUGGUCAAAUUAUAAAUCUGUUGCAGAAAAUAUGGGAUGUGAAAAGCCCUCAAUUUACAAGUCUGAUAACUUAAAAGAAAAUGGAUUUGGUGAUCAAGCAAAGCAGAGAGAAAGUCAGAAAUUUCAAACAGAUAAUAUUUCAUCAUUUAAUAGGAGCCAUGUUCAGACAUGUGGAAGUAGAGGACCAGUUAAGUUAAAUCACAGUGACCAAAGGGAAAAGAUGAAAGACAUUUCCAGAGAAUGUGCUUUGAAAGCCAUUGAACAGAAAAACUUACUUUCUUCACAGAGAAAAGAUUUGGAGAGGGGACAGAGAAAAGAUUUGGGCCGACAAAGAGAUUUGGUUGAUGAAGAUAUUUCAUAUUUCAAGUCUGGAUCAUCUCCUGCCACAAAUGGUUUUAGACAAUAUGGGAAUCCUCAUCUGUAUCAUAAUCGAGGAAAAGGACCUUGUAAACAUGACCAAGUUGCCCAUCAGAGUCAAACUUCUGCACAAAUGUUAAGUUCAAGUAAAUCCCAGAUUCUUGCUCCAGGACAGAAAACAAUUAGCAAGGUUAAGAGUGACAGUGGCACUGGAUAUGAUACAGACAGCAGCCAAGACUCUAGGGAUAAAGGAAGCAGCUGUAAUAGCAUCAGUAAAAGCCGGAACCGAGGUUGGAAACCUAUGAGAGAAACAUUAAACGUUGAUAGCAUUUUUAGCGAAAGUGAAAAAAGGCAGCACAGUCCAGGACAUAAAUCAAAUAUUGGUAACAAACCUAAAUGCAGCAAAGAUCAUAGUUUUAACAAUUGGCCAAAAGAGAAUCCAAAGCAAAAAUGUUUAAUGACCAUAUAUGAAGAUGAAAUAAAGCAGGAAAUAGGAAGCAGGAGUUCACUUGAAUCCAAUGGAAAAGGAACAGAGAAAAAUAAAGGCCUCGUAGAGACCAAAGUUCAUGCUGACAACUGGCAGAUGCAAAGGACUGAAUCUGGAUAUGAAAGCAGUGACCAUAUCAGUAAUGGAUCAGCUAAUUUGGACUCAACUGUUAUUGAUGGAAAUGAUACAGUAAUGAAUAUCAGUGGUGUUAAAGAAGCACCAUCCUUCAGUAACCAGAGUAAGUCAAGCAACCUAAAUAUAGAAUAUGUGGAUUGUAUCUCUCAGAGCAAGAACCACUUGGAAGGUUCUAGGAAAGAACUCAAGAACUUGGAAGUAGGCUAUAAAUCUCAUGAGUUCCACCCAGAAUCACAUCUAAAACUGAAAAAUCCUUUGAUAAAAAGUUUUGUUUUCCUUUUCACAUCCAGGUCACAUACACAUGAAACCAAUGGAAAGUUAUUCCUUUCUUCCAGUCCACAAAUAUUUAAGGACCAUACUUCAAGGGAGCAUAUCCACCAGUCAAGUGAACAGCAACUUGAGAAAUCAAGUGAAUGCAAAUUUUCUGAGUGGCUUAAUAUAGAAAAUGCUGAGAGAACAGGUUUGCCUUUUCACAUUGAUGAUAACUCUGCUUCUGGAAAGAGAGUGAACAGUAAUGAAGUAGCCUCACCAUCUCCAUUGCGGUCUUCACACAUGACAGUUAUUGGGUUAAAGCCAGAAACUGCUCCCCUGAUGCAGCAGCAUCAAAAUAUGAUGGAACCAUGUUGUUCUGAGAACUCUCUAUCCAGGGAUCAUGUAUUUCAGUUAAUCCAGAGAUCUGAUGGUUAUCAGAUGCCAAAACUUCUUUGCCAGAAUGCACCGCCUCCUUUGCCACCAAAGAAGUAUGUUACAACCAGUAUGCCACAGUCAGAGAAAAAUGAAUCUACACCUGAGGUCAAACUUACAGACAUGUUUAAAGUUAAUUCUUCUAGUCUUCCGAAGUCUUGUAUAAGCGUAGCAUCAGAAGCAGGUUUAGAAGUGAGUACAUAUAUGAAUGAUGAAAAACUUAAGGCAGCAGUUCAAGUGAAAGAACAAGUUGGCAACACACCGAACCACCUGUCCAACUCUUCAAUUAAUGAUUUUCAGGUAGGGUCUGAUGCAGUUGUUGAUACAUUUUGCCAAUCAGAUUCUAGUUCUACAUUUCCAAAUGAGACAGUUACAUUAACUACCUAUUUUUCAGUUGAUAGCUGCAUGACUGAUACAUACAGAUUGAAAUAUCAUCAAAGGCCCAAGCUCUGUUUUCCAGAGAGCAGUGGCUUUUGUAAUGAUAAUUCAUUAUCUCAGACUGAAAGAGGUCUUGGACCUGUGUUACAUAACAGUCUUGGUUCAAGCUGUCCUUCUGAGCAAAGAUAUAAACCUAGCAUACACUGUAAUAGAUAAAUGAUGAAAUCGGCAAGCUCAUGCUUCUCAGAGGCCAUUAAAAUAUGAGAAAUAGGAACCUACUGAACAAACCUAGUGAGAUGUAGAAAAUUAAACCAUGGAAUUUUAAGUCAUUAAUCAAGUUUUAUUAUAAACUCACAGAUAUAUAUUAUCUUGUGACCAAUUUAAUGUAUAUUUUAGAAGUUCCCUUUGAAUAGUCUUGCAUGCCUCAGAAAAUAGAAAAGCAGGGGUAUGCAGCGAAUUAUUUACCAUAUGCUACAGUUGAAUAAAAAUUAAAUUUGCCUUUCUAUUAUGUAACUAGGAGUAUUAAACUACGUUAAUCAUGUAUGUAGAUUGGUAAACAAUGCUAAUUGAAAAAUACUGGGUGACACUUAGUCUAGUUUAAGCAGUAUUUGCUUUAUGAAGGAGCACUUUCUAAUGGGUAACCAAGAGGGCUUCACCCAUUUGUUUUUGACUUCUGUGAUAGUCUGUUACAUAUGAUCCCUGUAAGUGUCUUAAAGAGAAAUGAUCCAUGAAAUUUGUAGCUUUUGAAAAUAAAUGCCUUAAUGAUUAGCAAUAUUUAAAUUCUCAAGAUCAGAAGAAACUUAAUUUCCAUCCUAGAACUUUUAUUUCACAAUGCCUAAUUAUAUAAAUUAGGCAACUGUUGUGUGUACUCACAAACAUUAUUUCAGCCAUGUUAGCUAAAAAUAAUGAAAAUACUUUACUGUAUUUAUUUAUCUUGUUACAUUUGCUUUAAUUUUAUAUGAAAUAUGAAAGGUUUUUAUUUUUAUUUGGUUUACUUUAGGCUGCUAAAAACUAGUGUUAGGCAUUAACACCUAGGGCCCACUUACUGGGAAUGUCACUGUGACUGCCUAAAUUUUCCCUGCUAAAAUCUUACCUGAUUGUGGGUUGUCACACCAGUCUAUUGAUUUUCAUAUUCUUGAAUCGGAUAAAUCCACCUGAGUUUCAAGAUUCAAUUUCUGCCUUUAAUAUAGUAUAUAAUUUUAAUGAAAUGUUAUUGGCAUGAGUAUCUCUUCUCUUAUUCUACUUUAAACAACAGUAAUUUUACACCUAAUACUUUUCACAGGAGAGGAUUUUGUUUAAAAAAAAAAAAAGGAAUUUUUCAUUCUUUUGAUGACCUUGUGACUGAAAAUAAAUUACUUUAAUUGCCUUAUUUCAUUAGUUCUCAUUUUAUUCUGUACUAAACUGGUAAACUAAUUGAGGGUUUAUAAAACAAUUUUAUAUUGUCCAUUCCACAGAGGAUCAAGUUAUAUAAUUAAAAUUUUUAUUAUUUUCAUGAAUGCAUAAACUUCAUAGAUAUAAUAGUUCUGUAAAGUAAAAUAAUUAAAUUCAAUAUCUGGACCAAUUCCAUAAAUUGUGUUAAAAUAUUCCAAAUUGUAAAUGGUAAAUAGGAAAUAAUUGUUUAUAAAGUCUGACCUCACCUUGUUACCAGACCUUGGCCAAAUUUUGUUAUCCACCAGUAGACAAUUUUCAUUUUUAAGCCUUUCUAACCAUAACAAUAGAUGAUUAUUACUGUAUAUUAUUCUCUUAAUUUAGCAAUACUUGAAUACCAAUUUAAAUUUUAUCCUUUUAAAAAGCUUAUUUUUAAUAACUUUUAGUACAAAUUUGUAAAUACUGUAAAGUUUGUAAAAUUUUAUUUGAAAUAUCAGUGUAUUUAAUUCUUGUUUUUAUAACAUUGUGAAGUUCUAGAAAAAUGGGCUUAUUUUAAGUAUUUUUAAUGUCUUUUAAAAACUUUGUAUAAGGUUUUUUUGUUUGUUUUUCUACUUGGUCAGGAUUUCCAGUUGAAAAUGUAUUUUUUGAAACAUUUAAAUUAAUUUCUGAUAUUUAACAGCAAUCGCUUAGAUUUUGUCUUUUCAGGUCACAAUUGAAUGGCAAACAUCAAAUCAAAAUGUCCGAUUUUGGCUUUUAAAGUACUAUCUAGUUGAAACCUCUUGAAUCAUGUAAUAGUACUGAACAAACUAGAAACUGACCAUUUGUUUUAUGUAAUUAACUUCAAAUAUAGAUUGAAUACAUAUUUACUAAUUAAUCGACAUGAAAAAUUUUUACUUCCAGGGUACCUAUUUAUUUUUUAAAUGUUUUCAUCUGGUUAUAAGCUUAUUAUGAGAAUUUUGGUAAAAUGAACCAAUAAUUGUAAUGUUCAAAAUAUUUAUAUUAAGAAUGUUAUAUUUUCAUGUGAAAUCAGU